AUGGCUAAAGAAGAUUUACAUAAAACAGCUUUUAGGUGCCCGGGUUAUGUCAGAGCAUAUGAGUACUUGGUAAGGUCAUUCGAGCUCAAAAAUGUCAGUGCAACCUAUCAAAUAGCAAUGAAAACCAUUUUUCAUGACUUAAUUGGCCAUAGCAUGGAGGUAUAUAUUGAUGACAUCAUGCUGAAAUCUAAGACUGAAGAGCAGCAUCUAAUAGACCUCAGACAAGUCUUAACAAGAAUGAGGAUCCAUAAGUUAAAAAUGAAUCCAAAGAAGAGUGCUUUUGGGAAAUCAAUUGGAAGCUUGCUGGCCCAAAAUAAUGAAGGCGGGAAGGAACAAGCCAUAUACUACCUCAGUAGAAUCCUUACUGAGGUAGAGACAAGAUAUACUCCAGUGGAAAAAUUAUGUUUAGCUCUGUACGUUAUUGCCUACAAUCUAAGAAAUUACAUGUUGCCUUGCCACAUCCACAUUAUUGCCAAGACUGACAUGAUCAAAUAUAUACUGUCAAAACCAAUGUUGACAGGGAGAAUUGGAAAGUGGAUUCUAGUACUGUCAGAGUUUAGCUUUCAAUAUGUACCACAAAGGGCAAUAAAGGGGCAAGCAAUAGCGGAUUUCUUAGUCGAGCAUCAAGAGGCAGAAGAUGAGAUUAUCAACAUCCCUGGAACUUUAGAGGUGGCUAACCUUUGGAUCCCACCAAGCAAGGCCCUUUCGAGCAAGGAAGAAUGGGCUCAGCGGAAAGAGACUACCAACAAUCGGGCAGAGUAUGAGGCAUUGAUAAUUGUCUUGGAAAUCCUAAUAGAGUUGGGGGCAACUGAAGUUGAGGUGUUUGGUGAUUCAGAAUUGGUGAUUAAUCAGUUAAAUGGAGAAUACAAGUGCAGACAUAUCACCAUAACUGGGUAUUACUUAGCGGCCACUCAAUUGUUAAGUUAUUGGGGCACUGAAAUAUCAGUCAGCUACAUCCCUAGAGAAUCAUAUGCAAUUGCCAAUGAAAUGGCACAAUUAGCUUCUGGAGCACAUGUCCAAGCAAGGAAGUUUGAAGGGGAUAUAGAAGUUCAAAAAAGAAAUCCUCAUUCUAUCUUUGAAAGAGGAUUCAGCCUAGAUAUAAUGACUGACGAAAUGGAGAUGAAAGAUUGGAGGACACCUAUUGUUUAG